AAUUUUUGUUUUUUUUUUAAUUUCUCGAGGAUAAGACCGAUAUGAAGUUAAUUGACACUGUGUUGUCAAACUGUCAACGUUUACUGUCGCAACACGUUGUAUACAUACAGCGAACUGCUACGAGAGCUAGAGAAUACUGUUUGUCUUACGUCGUCGCUCCAUAGAAUUUCACAGAGGGAAUAAGCAAUAACUUGGCUCCAUCAAUUAUUGCUAUGUAGAUUAUACGUCGAUCGCUUUUGUAAUUGAACAUAAUAGCGAGCCCAAUGAGCCAUGCAGCUACUAAAUAACACUCGCAUAUGAUGAAAGUGGAGCGACUCGAUUGAUUACAAGCCAGCGUUGCAUAAUACUGUAAUUUCUGCCUUGGAGAACCUACGGAAUUUCUCUCAAAUUAGAAUAACCCGUCCAGCAUUACAAAAGCACUUCAAUUUGAGCAAUUCAGACGUACAACCGGAAGGAAGCAUUCGGAUGCCGUGGUACAUUAUACCUCUAUGAAUCAUUAAGCGAUAAGAGGUAGCCAUAGCUUCACGGGUGAUCCUUGCAUCUCUUCAACAUAAGACGCGAUAUUAGCACAUCAUAAACACAAAUUACAAGCAUUUUAUUUGCAUUUCUCGCUUCUAGUUGAUUUGUAAAUUACAUAAUUUUAUAAUUUAAGUGUGAGAUUAUUAUAUCUGUGGAAUAUUCUGUCAAAUUUUGAUUAAAUUACUUAAUGAGAAUUAACUACAUUAAAUUGAAUUGAAGUGAUAGUGAGAAAUUGUGUGCCUCGUAAGGAAGACGCAAAAAAAGAAUCAUACGACUCUGCCUCUUCAUAGAAUAUCUUCGUCAUCGAAUUGAACUUGAGAUAUUUAUGAAAGUUCGCUUCUUCAAUUAAAAAAUGAAAGAACGAGAAACGAUCGCGCCGAAUUUUCAUCUGAGAGUGAGCUUAACGAUUAUCCGCUUCCUGGGUACGUGGCCACCAGCUACGGGCAAUUUUCGGUUACUGUAUUUGCUUUACACCGCUUGUAGCUUUAUCUUCAUCCUGGGUAUCUUGCUCGCUGCUGAGAUAGCAAAUGUUCUUGCAAACUGGGGAGAUAUGUCGAAACUCGUCGCGGUUGCGACCUUAUUAAUGACGAAUAGCACCCACGCUUCGAAGGUGGUCGUUCUUCUUCGUCGUCAGGCGCGGAUCCAGGCGCUCCUGGACAUAGCCAACAGUCCAGCAUUUAGUCGCUACGACAAGGUGCAUGAGGAUCUACUCAUAAGCUACACGUGGAAGGGCCUCUUCCAUCACGCGGUUUAUCAGAGCUUUGGCGGGAUCGCGGUGUUAUGUUGGGGUUUUACUCCGAUCGCCGACCUGGUCGCUGGUCGUUCGCGCCAGCUGCCCAUGGAGGGAUGGUAUCCUUAUAACACGACGGCGACGCCGGCCUUCGAGAUUACUGCGGCGCAUCAGGGCAUCGCUAUCAUAAUCGCUUGCUUUCACAACGUGGCGAUGGAUACGUUGAUGACGGGCUUGAUCACGGUCGCCUGUUCCCAACUAGCGAUCCUAGAGCGCAAUAUCAUCUCGAUUAAUAACGAGGAAAGGAUUCAUGAGGUGCAGAACAAUAACGAUAAGAACGAGCUACUUGCAGUUGAAGGGAGAGCCUUGUCUUAUCAGCUACUCAAGCGAUGCGCUGUACACAAUAAUAUGAUAUUUCAUUUUACGAAUGAAAUCCAGGACAUCUUUAGUACUGUCAUUUUCUUUCAAUUCCUAUCGAACUGCGUGAUCAUUUGUUUGAUUGCCUUCAACGUGUCACAGAUGAAAGUUUAUAUCCCGGCGGUGCUGAUCGGCAUGCUGACAUACAUGUGCUGCAUGACGUAUCAAAUAUUCAUCUUCUGCUGGCAUGGUAACGAAUUGCAUCUGCAUAGUAUACGUUUAGUCACAGCCGCCUAUUCGAACAACUGGUUCUCCAACAGCGACAGGUUCAAACGCAGCCUUCAAAUCGUGAUGACAAGGGCUCAUCGUCCGUUUACUUUGAGCGCCGGCAAGGUCAUGUCAUUAUCUUUAAAUACUUUUGUGCAGAUAAUGCGGAUGUCUUAUUCGAUUUUUACAGUCCUUCAAGGUUCGGCUGCUUAAAGAUAAAUUCGCCGAUAAUAUCGGAUUUUGUAGCCAUAUAUUUUCUUUAAAAUUACAAAGAGCAACGAGUUAAUUAUAAAAAAGUUUUAUUCAAUAAUGCAUCAUUAUGUGUACACGUAUAAAGUUUUUCUAUAUAAAAAUAUUUUUCAUGAUUUUGCAUGUAUCACCAGGACG